GUGCGUGUCUCGGAAAGACUUCGCUGGCUGGUAAAGUGAGGAGGAAGAGGAGGGCGGACAGCGGCGGGAGGAGAGAAGGGAAGAGAAGAAGAAGGGACCCGUGUGGUGUGCGCCUCAGAACUGCAUUCUAAACCAAAAUGGAGCACAAAAGGAGAAAUACCGUGUAUAAGCAGGUGGAUUUGGAGAAUGGCCAAAUUGUUGGCAUAUCGGACCCUGAACUGAGUGAUUUUGAGAAGGAACAUUUUCUCCUAAUGUCUGAUGUCGCCAGGGACAACUUAAGGCAUUUAAACAUUCCACCUGACGUCCCGUAUAACAUGCGCACCACGCUGUUCCCUCCCCAGUGUCCGAGGGGUCAUCAAAGAAAACCUAAUGACCCUGUAAUAGUCAUUGUAAGAGAAGUUGAACCAAUCCCCUUCUGGUUUUCUCACACAAGUGCAGAUCGCCUUGAGAAUUGUGAGUUGAUGAAGAUGUAUAUGUUAUGGCCUGUUUUCAUGCAUUCUACCAGCCACACAAGAACAUGUUUGCGGACUAGAGAACCACAUAGUUUAGAGAUGACCAUUAAAGAGUUAAACUAUAUUGAACUAUUUGAAGAUCUUGCUGAGCUCUUUAAGAAAAUAGCGGACCGACGACAUUUGGUGGAGGAGGCAUUCAAAAUUGGAUGGAAAAUUGAAAAAGGAAAAUAUAAAGUAAAGAAUUCUUAUGUAACCGAUGCCAUGUUAUGGAUUGAGUCCACGGGAGAAGAAACUUUGUAUAAGAAGAUAAAAUCCCAGCCAAAAUCCCAGGAAAAAGUUCGUAAUCGAGUCCUACAGACCUUCUUUACAGAGUAUGCCUUUUUUUUAAUUAAAAUGGCAAAAGAUCACCGAAAAUUGUCUGAAGAGGUUAAAUUGCAAGUGUGUGAAUUAUGUGAUAGGGAAUCAGAAGAGCAUAGGGCUAUUGGCAAGAGUGAGUUUGAAAAAGAGCACUAUGAUAUGGCAGAAUUUGCGUACACCACAGCUAUAUAUUUCAGUCCUGAAAGCUUUGUUCUAUUCAGCAAUCGAGCGCUGUGCUAUAUCCGGAUGAAUAUGUAUGGGAAGGCUUUGACCGAUGGAAAGAAAGCAAUUAUACUUAAAAACAUCUGGCCAAAGGGUCAUUAUCGGUUUUGUGAAGCCCUGUUUGCUCUUGGAGAAAUGGAGCGGGCAAUUGCAUCCAAUGAGAAAGCACAGGAAUUGUGCAGAGACUCACAGGAGGGUAUCAGAGACUUGAUCCAACAGCACAGCAAGUUUAAAAAACUGAUGAAAGAGGCAGCAGAACUCGCUGGGAAGAAAUCUAAAAAACCAACCUCUGACAAAAAAAGUUCCACACAGUCGGCCACAGAUAACGAAAGUAAAGGUAGUCAGACCACUCCACUAAAGGAAACUCCACCAAAGGAGACCACUAAUGCAGCUAGUGUGGGAACUGAAGAUGACUCGGAAACUGCCUCUGUGCCGCAGCAAAAGAAUGGAAAAUCCAAGGGAAAAAACUGUGAAGCAAGUGAAAAAUUAAAGGCUGUGAAUACAAAAAAUGACUCCCAGAAGGUUGUAUCUCCUCCCCACACACAGGUUGAUCUUACCUUGGUAAUGGAUAUGGUGAAGUCUCUUGUGCGCGAUGCCCAAGAAGCUCUAUCUGACCAGCGAUGUCACAGUGCUGAGGGCAUGCUCUCCCAGGUGCUAGAAAUAUUGAGCCAGCACGAUAUCCAGAGCCUUCGUCUUACUAAGACAGAUCAUGUUGUUCUCAUAUAUGGACAUGCAAAUGCUCUACUUGGCAUUAGAAAGUGUGUGGAAUUGUCAUGGGCUGAAAAACGUUUCAAGGAAAUUAUCCAACAGCACUCAAAAGAAAGGUUUAAUUGUCUGGCUUUCUAUGGUAUCGGCAAUGUUUAUCUCAAGCAAAAUCAGUUUUCCGAUGCUUUGACUCAAUAUGUGAGAUCUAAGACCAUGCUGAUGCACAAUAUGGUUCCAGGAGUGCUAGUUUGGCCAACAACAUCUAUUGUCAUCGAAGAGACUAGGCCAGAAAAAUUAGAGAUUCUCUUGAAUACCUGCAUAGAGGAAUGCAAGUUUCCACCUAAACCUGAUGCUGUUUGCCGCUUCGAGCAGUGUUUGAGUUUACCUAAAAUCCAGAUCUAUUUUACAGACCCUGAUUUCAAGGGCUUUAUCCGUAUGGUGUGUUGUCGGUACUGUAUAGUUGAAUUCCAUGUGUGUUGUUGGAAGAAGUUGAAGGCCACUACAUAUUCUGAUAAAAAUGACAAGGAUUUCCUAAGGUUCCCAUGUCUGACCCCAGACUGCGGAGGACACGUUUGUCAUAUUGUAAUAUAUGAUACUACAGGGGAAGUAAAAUGUGAGUUUGAAGAUAAAAUAGUAAAGAAGAGCCAACCACAUAAACCUGCUGUUAAACACAAAGGCACAAGUGCCAGAAAACCUAAAGCCAAGCAUGAAAAUAAAGCAGAGAGGAAGAAGAUAUUAGAGGAAGAACAUGUAGAUCAGCCCCAUAGUGGUAAUAGAGGGAAACAUCAAGAGAAGAUUCUUCAUGAUGCAGUUGUGAGUAAUGGUUACCAUAUACCGUGGGAUCCUUUGUUGUCGCUAGUAAUCCAGAAACAACAGCUCAUAAUUGAAGGAUGUCCAUUAUCCUUUCCUAAAUUCUGGGACUCUAUAACUGCAUGGAGAAUCCUAAGUGUACAAGAACUCAGCGAAUUUGACAAGAAUACCAGCCUACCGCCUCAGUCCAAUAGCAAGAUGAAAAAUCUUCUCAAUCAUCUCUACAAGCUAAAUGACAGAGUCAAAACCAGAGUGCUUCUGUAUCUGCUGAAAGUUCACCAUGACCAUAUAUCUAGUGAUCUGCACAAGUGGAUCUUGAUAGUAGAUGAAAAAGGUCUGCAGGCCGCAGAAGGAUUCAGAGUUCACAAUGAAGGACAUUUGAAAAAUAUUAAACUCCAGGAUGUCAUUAACUUAUGGAAUGUAUCUUAUGGGAAGAACAUAAACUAUGAAUUUACAGACUCUUUAGCCAACAGCCUGUAUGACACCCUGAUUAGUAUGAGCAUACAGGAGUUUCGGUGCUUUGUUUGGUUUCUUGCAGAGAAUCGGAACAUUGAAUCUGUAUCCACCUUAGGAAAAGAAUUAGAUAAAUAUUUCCAAGAAAUGGAUGUACCAAGUGGUAAAGUUCCAGCAUAUUCUCUUGAAGAGUUAAGUAAUAAAGUUCUAAAGAGUAAAUCUAAACAUCGAAAAAAAAAACUGAAUCAGCCAAAGACUAUAUAUAAACUGUCCGGUGCUGUCAGUACUAGAUCUCAGGAGGAUGAUAUUUUUUCAGAAGAAAAUACCUUAAGCCUUUUGGACCCUAAUGAGCCCUUUGUAGUACCUGAAUUUCUGCGGCGAGACAUGGAUGAGUUUCAGGGCUUCUUUGAUCCGGCGAUGUUCGUGGACAGAUAUGAUCAACAGUUUGAUGAUUCCAUGGACCAUGUUCGGGAAACUCUUUAUGAGUACUUUUCUCAAAUUUUGGAGGAACAUGGACCCCUCAAAUUAGAUGAUGAAAUUCUGAUCGCGGAGUACAAAAAAUUUCCAGAGGAAACUAAAAGGAUGGUAGAAGCAUCGGGUGGACUAAAGGAUUUUCUCCUGGGGUCUUUAUUGUUUUCCAUGGAUGGAGACAUGGUUACGCUAACAGGUUAUGACAUUCCAUACUUGGAGCAUGAUGAAGGUGGACACCAACUGAACCCAACCGCUAACGAGUUCACGCCUUCAUUCUCUAGACCUGUACCUGAUAAUAUUGACUUAUAUUCUGACCCCAGUCAGCCUGAACCUAAAAAUGGUAGUUCUAGAUCAGCUGAUGCAAGUCGUCCUUCAAUCCCACAUAGUGAUAUAGCCUUUAAUUAUGCCGAAUAUCCUGUAAUACAUAAUAAUUUUCAUCAGCGAACUUUAGACUCACCUCACAAUCCCACCUCUGAUACCGACCAGGACUCUUCUGAUAAUGAUGAUGAUACGGAUGAAGCUAGCGCAAGUAGCAGUGACUCUGAUUCAUCAUCUUUUAGCGAUAAAGAUGGAACAGUGAGUGAAACUACAUCAUUAAGCCAAGACAAUCUUAACAUGGGUGAGCUGGACUCUAACAUAAGUCAGUCCUUUGACAGUGAAAGUCAGCCAAGGAAUAAACGGACCGCUAUAGUAUCUGUACAGGUAAAUAUAGAAAUGUCACAUUGUGAAGUGAAUACAGAUGCCUUUCAGCCCUUUGAGUCUCGUCAGGGGGAUAUUUUGCGUAUGGAAAAGGAGCAGACAGCACUAAUGGAGCAACUCAAAGAAGCAACUGAGAAAUAUGAGAGCUUGAAGAGCCGCUUCCAAGAGGAGAUAGUGUCCCUAGAAGCGGAGACGACAAAGCAUGUAGAGUAUACUAAGAUUGCAAAAUUAGACCUGAAUGCGCUCCAGCAAGAUCAAGAAAAUAAGUCCAAGAAAUGGCAGCAAGAGAAGAAGGAAAACCAGGAGAAGAUUAAGGCUCUUAAAAAUAAUAUUAAGAUGACAACAGAUGCCAGUGACAGGUGUUCUAGAGGCAUUCAAGAAAAGAAAAAGCAGUAUGAAGCAUAUAUAAAGGAUUUUGCCAAGAUACAUUACAGUAAAUUUGAUAAAGAAAAAGCAACGCUGGAGAAGCAUGUAAAGAAGUGCGAGGAGGAAUGGGAGGAGAACAGACAGAGGGCCUUAGCUUCUGAGGUGAUUGUGCUGGAGAACAGGAAGCAAUGUGAACUCUUAAAGAUGAGGAUCAGAGCUGCCACUGUAGAUCGGAACAUCAGUAUGUUUAAUCCUGUAGUCCUCAGUAAUCCAGCACCUCACAUAAUACAGCAAUUACGGGAAAUGCAGACUCUUAAGUUAAAGCUGAAGAAGGAAAUGGAAAUGUUAGAGGCUCAGUUUGAUGAGAAAAUUAACUCCGCCAAAAGUGGUUUAAAGCUAAACAAUCUCUCUGAGACUCCUUUAAACGGUCUCCAGAGCCCACCCAGCGACCAGGCGCCACAAAUUCAUUCUCCACCAGAUCAAACUCGACUCUCAAGUAGUCCUUCUCCAGGCCUUGUAUGUGCUAAACCUGCCAGUCCUGUGCCUGCCAAAUCUCCAGGGAAGAAGGGUGCCGCUGGUAAAAAGGUCCAAGCUAAAGAAUUGAAGAAGGCUCCACCGUGUCCUGCAGCUGAUACUAAAUCUAAGAACCAACCCCCUGCUGCUUCAUCCAAUCAGGGGACAGCUGGCCAAGACAGAAAAUCACAUACACAGCCUGAACCAACGCUGCCAUCUCCUGCGAAGCCCACAUUGUUUGAUAAGAUCAUCCACGAGCUUCAUGAUAUCUUCCCUCGCUAUAAGAAGGCUGAGCUCACCGCCUUCAUCAAGGACUUUAGAGUUCGAAAUAAUGGGACUCUUUCUGGGCUCACACAUGAAGAUAUCAUAAGUAGAGUCACUGAAUAUAUACUGGACAUCCAAGCAAGGACUCCAGCAUCACCAUCAGCAACCCCGGCUGUAUUUAAGGCAGGAGCUGCCAUGCCUCAGACACUUUCACCCCAGUCUAAGCACCCAUGGAAAGUGGUCAACUUGACAAACAAGAACAAGUGGCAGAAUGAUUUGGAGUCUUUUAAUGAAGACCCCUGUAUAAUCUGUCACGAUGAGCUGAAGCAGUCUCCCGUGCACAAGCUGGACUGUGGCCACUACUUCCACAAGCAUUGUAUUAAGACGUGGCUGAACACACAGAGUACGUGUCCAACCUGCAGAGAGCACGCUCUGCUACCAGAAGACUUUCCUGUCCUGGCUGGGAGAAUGAGGACCGUAUAACCACAAAGUACUCCCCGUAAACCCCGACUUGUGAAUCCUUCUGAUUGCAGAUGUCUAGUUACACACCAUCUUUCUUUUCUGACUUGGAUCGCGAGAAGGGCGUAUCUUGUGAUGGCUUCCAACUGCGCUCUUUAUUGCCCAGAUCUUCCAUUGUGCUUUUAUCUCGUUAUCAGACAGUAUUCCUUUUGUGUGCAGUUUUUUUAUUUUUGUCAAUGGGGGGACCCAGCUUCACAGUACACAACCUAGUGUUACAUAGGUCGAAAAAAGACACAAGUCCAUCUAGUGUUAUAUUGCUGCCUACUGAAGUGGGCACUAGGCACAUAAAUAAUUGCUAGGGACUGUAACUCCAUUCUAUAAAACUGCUUUGUUUCACUUUGUGAACUCAAGGAGUACCCUUCCCCUUUUUUUUUUUCUCUUAAAUCUGAAGAUUUUCUAUUUUUUAUCCUAAUCAAACAGUACAGGACACAGGCAAAGUGUUCAUAGACCCUGGGUUAUAGACUCAGGGAAACAGCCACUGGGAGUCUGGUAAAUUUUAAGCCAGAUAUUGUCAGCCAAUGAGCACAGGUUUUGCAACCUGACGUUCCUCUACAAUGGAAUACUGGUGUCUCUCUACAAUGGUCCUUUCUUUUUUACUUACCAGAUAGUAGACAUGACAUUUUUGUUUUCGUUUCAAGUAUUUUUUUUGUAACGAAUUUCAACAAAUUCUUUCUUUCGGAAAUGUUUCCAAAUAUUCAGAAUUUGUGGAAAUUCAGAAAUCCGUAAAUUUGAAAAUACGGAAGAACCAAAAUCUGAAAUAACAAACUAAUAAUGUAACUAUUACUAAAACAAUAAAUUGUAGGUAUUGGAAUUUUCCUAUAAAGUUGGCUGUUGGUGAAUGUAACGAAUACAAAUUAUCCGAAAUAACG